AUGUCUUUUUCUGCAGACGGCGAUGGCCGUCUCGACCUCAAACGCCGCGUCCAGGAUAUGGACAAUGAUAAUUGGAAAGAAGGCCAUACACGAGUGGCAGGGCAAAAACACUUCAAGUCCACUGCCAACGUUCGAAUCGUGGAACGCCUCAAGCACAUAACAUGGGCAUGGUUCACAUUCGUCAUGAGCACAGGCGGUAUUGCGCUAUUGCUACAUUCAGCACCACAUCAGUUUCGAGGUCUGCAGGUCAUCGGCAAGAUCUACUUUAUCCUUACUUUGGUCCUUUUUGUUACCAUCGUAUCCGGUCUUGUUUUCCGCUUCAUGAAGACGCCGUAUGCGCUGAGGAAUAGCUUGAUGCAUCCCACUGAGGGUCUUUUCUUCCCGUGCUCUCUACUCAGCCUCGCUACUAUCAUUGCGAAUGCAACCGUAUAUGGAAUCCCCGCUGCUGGCCCGUGGCUAGCUACUGCGUUGCGAGUGUGUUUCUGGCUGUAUGCUGGCCUUUCGAUCUUAUCCGCUAUAGUCCAGUUCUACGUCCUAUUUACCGGAGCUCAUUUGCCUAUUCAUUCCAUGACACCAGCAUGGAUUCUACCAGUAUUCCCAGCAAUGCUCACUGGGACUCUCGCUUCUGCUCUCAUGUCCUCUCAGAGCCCGGAACAUCGGAUGUCAAUGCUAGUAGCUGGUCUGACUUUCCAGGGUCUUGGGUGGACAGUAUCUUUGUUCAUGUAUCCAUUGUAUUUGGGCAGGUUGAUGCAGGAUGGUCUUCCAGCACCAGCAAUGCGGCCUGGCAUGUUCAUUGCUGUAGGCCCAGCCGGAUACACAGCGGUGGCCAUCGUUGGUAUGUCGAGAUCACUUCCAGAAGGCUAUGGCUACUUUACGACACACCCAAUGGCGAGCGAAAUCCUUCGAGUGCUGGCACUUUGGACUGGUGUAUGGAUCUGGUGUGUCGGCUUCUGGUUCCUUGGAUUCAGCCUCUUUGCCGUUCUCGCCUCUGCAUUGAGAUGGAAGUUAAAGUUCAGCAUGAGUUGGUGGGCUUUUGUCUUCCCGAAUAUCGGCUUCACACUAGCUACGGCGUACAUUGGUGAGGAAUUACAAAGUGAAGGGAUUAAAUGGGUGUCAAGUGUAAUGACAAUCUUGCUCGUGAUUAUGUGGUUCGUUGUUCUGUAUGGAAUGAUCUCAGCGGUGAUUCGCAGGAAGCUUUUAUGGCCUGGACGGGAUGGCGAUGAAUCUUAA